CCGCGGCAACAAACACUUUCGAACCUCACUCGCUGUCGCUAGAACGGGCCUUGGAAAAAUCGAUACUGGCGUCGGCCAUCGCAAAGAGUGCAAGUGAGGUGAAAAUUUUUCGUCUUUGCAGUUUAGAGCAUAAUUUACAGUGAAUUUGUGCAAUAAACGUCGUUAACACACACUCGGCACGCUGGCGGACACUAUCAGCAUCAUGGACGCGGUCGAGGAGAUGGACCUGAUCGAGGACGACAACAUAACCGGGGCGUCCGACGAUGACGACGAUGAUAAUCCGAGCAGUCCGGGCAGCGCGUACGACGACGGGACAAAUCUAAUCAACGUGGCCAUGGAGAAUGAAGUUACCGCACAGCUGGUCGCGGCCGGCGUAGUAGGCGUUGCCGCGGCUGCCGCCAUCACAUCGUCCAAGAAGAAAAAGCGGCCGCAUUCGUUCGAGACGAAUCCCUCCAUCCGGAAACGGCAGCAGAACCGGUUGCUAAGGAAGUUGAGGCAAACUAUCUUCGAAUACGCAACCCGAGUCGGUCAGCAGGCCGUUGUCCUCGUGGCCACCCCCGGCAAGCCGAACAACAUUUUCAAAGUGUUCGGUGCAAAGCCCCUGGAGGACGUACUGAAAAACCUUCGCCCGAACGUGAUGGACAAACUGGACGAGGCACUGGCGGCGCAAGCCCCACCACGGGUACAGGACGAUCCGUCGCUGUUCGAACUGCCUCCGCUUAUCAUCGAUGGCAUUCCGACACCGGUAGAGAAGAUGACCCAAGCCCAGCUGCGAGCAUUCAUCCCACUGAUGCUGAAGUACUCCACCGGACGGGGCAAACCAGGCUGGGGAAGGGAUUCAACGCGCCCGGCCUGGUGGCCGAAGGAGCUUCCUUGGGCGAACGUUCGAAUGGACGCCCGCACAGAGGAUGAAAAACAGAAGAUAAGCUGGACACAUGCCCUGCGAAAGAUCGUCAUCAACUGCUACAAAUAUCACGGUAGGGAAGAUCUGCUUCCAGCAUUUAGUGAAGAGGAUGAGAAGGCUAAUGCCAUUGCGACGGCGAAUUCCAAUGUUGAGCAGAUCAAAAUCCAGAACACAAACGUCAUUACGACCACCACCACAGGGGGUCAUUCCCUGGCAAGCAGCAGCACAACCGGCGGUCAGCAGAUCGUCAUCCAGCACCAGCCGGCACAGGCAACCAUAACCACCGCUCCCCACCAGACGACGCAGAUCAUCAAGGAGGUCUCGGACGGCACCAUUCAGAUUCAGCAGCAACCCUCGCCCACGCAGACCCUGAAUGCGCAGGUUUGCCUCGACUCGAUGGCGCUAAGCGAUGUGGAUUACACGCACACAGUACUUCAAACAAUCCAGAAUCCCGAUGGAACGGUUUCCAUAAUCCAGGUUGAUCCCAACAAUCCAAUCAUCACACUUCCAGACGGAACGACGGCACAAGUGCAAGGCAUCGCAACGCUACAAGCGCAAAACGACGGAGGUGUUCACACAAUCCAAACCAUAUCGGACGGGCAGGGUGAAAGCAUGUCGGUGGACCUGACGGAAGCAACGCUAGGUCAAGAUGGACAACUGAUCAUCACGGGUGAAGAUGGCCAAGAGUAUUCUUACUCAGGUUUCCCGGUGAGUGGAAUGAUCACAGUUCCGGUUUCGACGCAGAUGUACCAGACCAUGGUUGCCAACAUCCAGCAAUUGCCCAACGGAGACGGAACGGUGUGCAUAACGCCGAUGCAGAUGUGUGAUCUAGUCGAGAACGGAGAAACAAUGGAGACAAUAACGGUUGGCCCAGGAAUGCACCAGAUGAUGAUUCAAGGACCACCGGGAUCCGAGCCACAAGUACUGCAAGUGCUGAGUUUGAAGGACGCUUCUGUACUGACGAAAGCAAUGGCAGCCAUUGGCGAAGUGAAGGACGACACCACAAUAGCAAUUGAGCAUUAGAACACGCCCACUCAUAGGCGGGAGCAUCACCCCUUACCCAUCGUCAUAUCUGGAAGCGUUAUUUUAAAGACAAACCUGAUUCAAAAUCUAGUUGAAACUUGUGAAACGACAUCCGACUUCAUAUUGUGAAGCGAUGUCACUAGUCAAAGUUUUAAAUUUCAAAUCAUUCCGUUUAAUGCUCCACAUUGUAAAUAAGACAAGUUUUGAAAAUUUUCAAAUCUACUAACCUUAAACAAAAUCUAACAAAAAAAAUUAAACACGAAUAACAAUCAUCGUUCACUCAAUCUAGUCGGCGUUGGCGGAGAACAAUUUUGAAAUUUUCUCCAUCGACGCAGCAACCCUUGUAAAUAUGAAUCGAUCAUUUUCCUUCAUCACAUUGGUUUAGAAUAAUUUUUUGGAAUGCUGUGCCAGCUCGCGUGUGGACAAACACACUCUCUACAUCACGACGGAAAAUGAUUGACAGGCAAAUCUAGUCUCGUUGAUAGUCUGAUUUUGCAACGUGUUUCUUGUCCUUGUUAUUAGCUUCUGUACUUCUGACUGAUAUGGUUCAACUAAGUCUCGAGAUUUAAGAAAUAUUUAUAAUUUUACUAGUCAAAUGACGUUGCGUGCAACAUUAUUGUAUAAGUUCGACAUUAUUUAUUCGCUUUUGGUUCUAAACUAUUCUACAAACUAAACUAAUCCCUCAAAAAAUCCCCUUCGAAACAAAAGCAACUAUAUCGCAAUAUGCUAAAUCCUGCUAGUUCCAGUCUGUGUACAAAAGAAUGCAAAACCCCAUGAAGAAAAACAACACUAGAGGAAAAGACUGAUCCAUCCCGAGGGAUUAGACACACUCCAAAACAAGAAACUGUGAUUAAUGGAAUGUACUAGCCUGGUUUUUUAUGCUUAUUUAUUAUUUAUAUCCAACCACUCCAAUCAACGAUUAUUUAUUUUAUUUACCAAAUUAUAUCUAUUGACCUAAUUUAUUAAUUUAUUCGAAAAAGAUCUGUAAUUUAUAGUUACAGGAAGUCAUGUAGUAAUUUUAUAUUAAACUAUUUAUUGAAAAAAAUAAGCAGGAAAUUGUAUUGAGCGUUCACUGUGUGGAUCUUCAUUCUCCCAAACGAUGGAUUCUUUUGAUUCACAGACAAACAAUAAAACUAAUUGUUCCUUAUGUAUAACCAUACAACUGACAAAGAGAAUAGAUCAAACUUGCUGUAAAGGAGUUGUACGAAUAUGUUCGAAGGUACUUUAUGUCCACUCAUGUGCACACUCAAUUACAAGAAUACAGUCCUCUUGGGGAAAGUAUGAGAUAUUUCAGAUUAAGAUUCAAAGAAGAAAACCAACUAUUUUUGUCGCUGUAAUAAUUCAUGUGCAGAUAAUUCAUCGAUGUAAUAUAUAAAAAGAGAAACCAUCAGACAAAUAAAAACAUGCGCAAAUAUCA